AUGGCGGCUAAGAGUAAAAUCCUAGUUGUGGGAGUAACAGGAUACAUAGGAAAAUUCAUAGUUAAGGCAAGCGCAGAAGCAGAACAUCCCACGUUUGUUUUAGUCAGAGAGAGCACAGUUUCUCAUCCUGAAAAGUCUAAACUUAUUGACACCUUCAAGAGUUCUGGAGUUACUCUGCUUUAUGGUGAUCUGAAUGAUCAUGAAAGCCUUGUUAAGGCAAUAAAGGAAGUUGAUGUUGUAAUAUCUACACUUGGUGGACAGCAGACAGAUGAUCAAGUGAAACUAAUUGCAGCAAUAAAAGAAGCCCCUCCCCGGGACAAGGCUGUCAUUCUAGGAGAUGGAAACGUCCAAGCUGUUUAUGUGUCGGAGGAAGACGUUGGGACCUAUACCAUCAAAGCAGCGGACGACCCAAGAACCUUGAACAAAACUCUCUACCUCAGACCCCCUUCCAAUAUUUUGAGCUUAAGACAACGCUUGAGAAAGUCUACAUUCCAGAAGAUCAACUUCUUAAGAACAUCCAGGGAAGUUAGUACGAACUAUGAGAUUGACCCUUCUUCCUGUGUGGAAGCUUCUGAAAUAUACCCUGAGGUCAAAUACACUUCUGUCGACAAUUAUUUGAAUGCUUUUGUCUGA